UCUUAAAACUCCCAGUUCAGCCGGAUCACAAGUUUAGUCAAUUUCCCAGGUAUUGAGAAACAUUGUUUUGAUCAGAGCAAGUGGGGGAAUUCAGCUGAUCCAGGUUGCAUCAUGGCUUCAAGUUUGUACCUUGGCCUUGUGCUCUCAUUUGCAUUGUUGGUAACAGUGGUAACCAGUUCAAUGUUGGUGGGUGCUCCAGUAACUACUUAUCCUAAUACAGACGAGGUUCGGAAUGCUACCAACUUUGCCCUGAAAGAAUUUAAUCGCAGGUCAAAUGAUGCACGACCCUACAAACUAAUAAAAAUGAUAUCAGUUAAAAGCCAGGUUGUUGCUGGAAUUUACUACUUUUUGACAAUGAAAAUUGGUGUAACAACUUGCCGGAAAAAUGCUAAACCUAACCUAGAGGCCUGUGAGCUGGCUCGAGGAGAUUAUGCAGAGAUGCUGAUCUGCACAUUUAUAGUUUAUGUGGUGGCAUGGGAAAAUAUUAUGUCUCUUUCGCACAGUGACUGCGUGGCAGCGUAAAAACCAAACAACUGCACAGAAACUAUGAACAAAAUAUUCCAUGCUUAUCUGUAGAAUUGGAUUGUAUUCAUUAAACUGCACUGUAAUAACACUUUACUUUAGACAUCACACUAGGACCAAUAUGUAGUAGAACUGACGUGGACACAUUCCAGUACAGUGGUUGCAUGCCUUAUUAAAGGGAUACUGUCAUGGGAAAACAUGUUUUUUCCCAAAUGCAUCAGUUGUUAGUGCUGCUCCAUCAGC